UCUCUUUUCGAAAUCCGCAUCCCGGCUCUCUUAUAUCUUAGCUUUGCCGUCGUCUACUUUUUCUGUAAUCAGGAAUACAUUUAACUUCUCUCUCUCUCCCUCCUAUUCAUCUCCCCGUCGACAACGACCCCGUCAACAGGAUACCUUAAUCGUCUUCACCUCUGUUACAAACGAACAUACUCAAACAGUACCCUUAACUUCUCUGUCCUCGGCUUCGUGGCCAUGAAGCUGCUGCAAUGCCUCUCCGUGCUGGCUUCCUCUGCCUUGCUGGCUCGUUCCGUCUUGGCCUCGCCGGCAGCUUCACCUCGACUGCCAGAUACAAAAAAUACACAAGCUACCGCAUCGAAGCGUGAGGAGAAUCAGGAAAAUGAAAAAAAGGAGGACAAGCCGUCUGAUCCGAGAUACUUUCAUGAGCCGGGUGGUAACAUGUAUCUGAACCAUUACGACCAUAUGAUGCGCUCAUACCUCAUCUUCUUCCACGAAAAGAAUCUAGAGACCUGGAUAGCCCAUGGCUCGCUCCUCGGCUGGUGGUGGAAUGGCAAGAUGCUGCCGUGGGACUGGGACAUCGACACCCAGGUGCCCGACCAAACCCUCUACUACCUCGGCGAGAACUACAACCAAACCACAUACCAGUACCGAGCCGCCGGCGAGGCCAAGAUCCGCAACUACCUCAUCGACGUCAACCCACACUUCCGCGAGCGCGAACACGGCGACGGCGCAAACUUCAUCGACGCCCGCUGGAUCGACAUGGACAACGGCCUCUACAUCGACAUCACCGGGCUGUCCGAGCUGGACCCCGCGACCAAGCCCGGCGUCUGGUCCUGCAAGAACUUUCACGAUUAUCGCACCGCGGACAUUUAUCCGCUGCGUGACACCUUUUUCGAGGGUGUGCCGGCUCGGAUUCCGUAUGCGUAUGACAAGGUGCUCUUGGAUGAGUAUCACGAGAAGGCGCUUGUGGUGACGGACUUUGAGGGUCAUCGCUGGGAUGCCACGCGACGGGAAUGGCUCAGAGUCCAGGACCAAGCCGUCACACCACGCCACGACGGUCCCCAUCUCGGGUCCAAGGCCUUGCGCCGACGCGCAGCGCCCGAGCAGCAGCAGCAGCAGCAGCAGCAGCACUCGCCCGCAGAGAAAGCAACCUGAACACACCGUCUACUAGCAGUCUUCCACUAACACUCGCGCUACAGUUCCCCGCCCGCCAACCUACUCCCAGCCCUACCCGGCGGACGGCCCAAGACAGACGUA